UGCCUUGUUUUUAUCUCAAAUAGUAGAAAGCAGGCAGAAGAAUAAGGCAUCUCUUGUGCAAUCUGACCUUUCUUCCAGUUUUUUUCUUGCUGAUUUUAUGCAGGACCUGUGAGGACAAAGGGCAAUGUGAUAUUUGGGAAAGAUAAGUCCAGGGAGCACACACCAGCCCUCCAACUGCAGAGCCAGCGCCUUCCAUAGGAGACCAUGACAGGAGGGGGAAAGCCGAAAGCUUGAAAAUACUGCCAGCCCGGUGCGAAGUCCAUGUUCCAAAUUUGGCUCAGCGGUCCUGUGGAGGCACACCAGACUCACUUGCUCUUCAGGGUUCUGCUGAGCGGCUGCACCAGCGUGACAUUUCGUCUCCCAGAAGUCAGGCUGAGGUGUUCUCCAAGAUGCUCCAAGUACAAGGCGCACAGAUGCUGCAGAUGCUGGAGAAGUCCUUGGUUAAGAGCAUCCCAGAGUCCUUAAAGGUUUAUGGGACUGUCUUUCACAUGAACCACGGGAAUCCAUUCAAUCUGAAAGCCCUGGUGGACAAGUGGCCCGAUUUUAGCACAGUGGUUAUCCGCCCUCAAGAACAAGAUAUGACAGAUGACCUCGAUCACUACACCAACACUUACCAAGUGUACUCCAAGGAUCCCCGAAACGCUCGGGAAUUCCUUGCCUCCCCUGAUGUCAUCAACUGGAAACAACAUCUCCAAAUUCAAAGUUCCCAAUCAGGCCUGAAUGAGGUGAUACAAAGUCUUGCGGCCACUAACUCCUGCCAAGUCCAACACUCAGAAAACUUCCUCUAUCUGGCGUCUCAGACAGCUAAGAAACUGGCCCCUUCCCUGCUGGAUGAAAAGAAUCUGGCCCCGAGUGGCGGCAAACCCAAGGCCAUCAACCAAGAGCUAUUUAAACUCUCAUCCCUGGAUGUCACCCAGUCUACCUUUUUGAACAAAUUUUGGUUGUUUGGCGGCAAUGCGAGGAGCCAGAGGUUCAUCGAGCGCUGUAUCCAGAGCUUCCCGAGCUUCUGCCUGCUGGGGCCUGAGGGGUCACUGGUGUCCUGGUCCCUGAUGGACCAGACUGGAGAAACGCGGAUUGCAGGCACCUUGCCCGAGUACCGGAGCCAGGGCCUCGUCUCCUACGUCGUGUACGUGCAGGGCCAGGCCAUGGACAAGCUCGGCUUUCCGGUCUACUCUCACACAGACAAGAGCAACAAAGCCAUGCAGAGGAUGAGUGACACUCUGCACCACAUCCCCAUGCCCUGCGCAUGGAACCAGUGGCACUGUGUUCCUCAGUGAGGCUGCGGUGUCAGGGGGCCUGGACAGUCCCUGGCGGUCGAAGAGAAGGAAUAAACUGCAGUCAGCAUGAGGGGGACGGCGCUCUUGGGCUCUGUGUGUGUGUGAAUGCUCGGCCCCACUGCCUUGUUGGUGUGGUCAGAUUACUCACGGACCUCCCUUAGGUAGCUCAGCAUCACGUAGGUGUAGAUCCUCCUGCAUGGGCCUGUGGAGUUGAGCUCCCUGCACUGCUAGGAACUCGGCGACCUUCCCUCCUCAGCUACACACUGCUCAGAUUGUCUCUGGAGCUCAGAGCAUGGGUUGGGAGACUCUCACGACCUGGCUGCUAAGUAGGAGACAAGUUUCUCAUUCCUAAUUCAUCUUUCCUCUUUCCCGUGCUCAGUGAGAGGACUCUUACCACUAUGUAGCGCUUCAUCCGGGGCUAUGCACACGUCAGUGUGUGUCACACACAAAGUCUGCGGGAUAUCAGGUUAAAUGCAAUAUAGAGCAAGA